UAUCCUAUACAGCACACAAAGUUUAGUGUAGGCCAUUUGCUAUAGCUUAGCAAAUUCAUAAAAAAAAUGCCAGUUGAAAAGUCUUGGACCGCCCCUGUCAAGGAAGAAUCCGGUGAUUCUCAGCUGCUGAUCAACCGGAGUGGCUUUGAUUCGCGUACCGGAAUCUAUGGUUCAGUCUUUCAACUUAGUGACCAACUCGAAGUCCCCACCGAUCUUGACCUUGGCAUUGCCUCAUUUGUGUUAUCACAGUUUCCUCAUCCUCAUGUUGCUGAAUCAAGAAUUGCGCUCAUUGAUUCAGCUACGAACCAGCAACUCACAUAUGCUCAACUCCAUCGAUCAAUUCGAUCCCUCGCCUGUGGCCUUUACCACCUCGGAGUCCGCAAAGGCGACGUUGUGUUCGUUUUGUCCCCAAACUCACUCUUGUACCCAACAAUAUGUCUUGCAAUAUUUUCAAUUGGUGCAAUACUCUCACCUGCCAAUCCAAUUAAUACCCCUUCGGAAAUAGCUAAACAAGUACUUGACUCGGGUGCCAAGUUCGCAAUCUCAUCUCCUGAGGAGUUACAUAAACUCGUACAAACUGGGGUGUUUACAAUUGUCACAUCUCGUCAUCAAUCAAAUGAUGAUUCUUUAUCGAUAGAAGCAUUAAUUGAACGAUGUGAUCCACGUGAAUUACCAGAAAUCAAGGUUAAACAGUCAGAUACUGCAGCUAUACUGUACUCUUCGGGUACCACCGGAAAAAGCAAGGGUGUGAUGUUAACACAUUCAAAUUUCAUAACAACGGUUAGACUUGUGACAUGGUAUGCAGAAAGAACAUCAUCCCAAAAUGAUAUAUUUUUGGCGUUCAUACCGAUUUUUCACAUAUAUGGGCUAGGAUUUUUCGGGCUGGGACUAUUUUGUUCUGGUGUCACGACUGUGUUAAUGCAGAGAUUUGAAUUACAGGCAAUGGUGAAUGCAAUUCAGGCUUAUAAAGUCAACAACCUUCCUGCUGUGCCCCCAGUGAUACUUGCCCUGGUAAAGUAUUGCAAAGGUAAUAGUAGCCUGUCAACCCUGAGAAGGAUCGGUUCAGGGGCUGCACCCUUAAGUAAGGAAUUGAUUGAUGCAUUCAGGGGACAGUUUCCAUGGAUAGAGAUCGGGCAAGGCUACGGACUAACCGAAAGCUGUGGUGCCACCUCAGUUUUCGUGUCCGACGAGGAUGCUAGAGCUCAUCCAGGAUCAUGUGGGAUGCUGGUGCCAAAAUUUUUUGCCAAGGUGAUAGAUAUUGAAACAGGUUUGGCUUUGCCACCUUGCAAGGAAGGGGAGCUGUGGUUAAAAAGUCCUACAAUUAUGAAAGGGUACUUGAGAAAUGAGGAAGCAACGGCCGCAACAAUGGAUAAAGAUGGGUGGCUUAAAACUGGGGAUCUUGGUUACUUUGACGAGGAUGGUUUUCUUUAUAUUGUUGACAGAAUAAAGGAGCUAAUCAAGCAUAACGGGUAUCAGGUGGCUCCAGCAGAAUUGGAGGCAGUGCUUUUGGGCCAUCCCAAUAUCCUGGAUGCAGCAGUUAUACCGGUUGAAGAUGAAGAAUCAGGGCAGAUACCAAUGGCAUAUGUUGUAAGUGCAGCUGGUUCCGAACUCACUGAGGAAGAAGUCAUUCAAUUUGUAGCUGCCCAGGUGGCUCCUUACAAGAAAGUGAGAAUAGUGGAAUUUAUAAAUGUCAUCCCAAAGUCAGCAGCUGGCAAAAUCUUGAGGAAGAAGCUGAUUUUACAAAGGCAACAGCACAUUCUCUCAAAGUUGUAGCUUUUAUAGUUGAGCCAUAUAUUGUACUAGUUUACAAAAGCUACACAAAAUUAUGAUGAA